AUGGAGCGGGAUGCCUCACGGCGCCGUGGAGUCCAAGAAGCAUUCAGGCUAGAGACGGUUCAAGGGCUCGGCAAACAGAUGAUACAGAAUACGGGCUGUACAAGAUUCAGCAGGAGGGUUCCUGUUGCAUUGCAUGCAAGGGAACGAUCGAAGCGGGGUCAUGGUGCAACAAGGUGUCGGGUACCAUACAAUAGUACGAAGUAUAAGCGGGCGGCUCGAGGUGGAAAAGUGCGGGCCUCAAUUGAAGCUGCAGCGCUGUCCACGUCCACGUCCAUGUUCAUGUCCACGUCUCCCCCAGGAGAACCCAACCUUGUGCGCAAGCGGAAUGCAAAGCAAGCUUCAACCAGACAGAUCAUCUCGCGGGGGUCAUCAAUGCGUCGUCACAACUCAUCAUUGCAAUUGACAGCUCUGGAAGAUUGUGAUAAUACAUUGCUUGCUCCCCUAUUACAACGCUGCAGGCUCCCCCACGUUCUUGGGUUACGCUCUGCUGCAGCUCGGACCAUAACCUGCAUCAAUACGCUGCAAGUCUCCCCCAAAAACCAACUUGACCGCCCAUGUCUGCUACCUUCUGCCCGCGAUGCCACCCACGGCGCUUAUGCUGGGCAUGACGGUCGUUCACACGCCAGCGGAAUACCCGUCUGGGACAUCGACGAGUUUGUUGUUCUGGAGCUCAGGGACCACGCCCCGGGCAACCCAGGUUCUCGUGACGCACAGGGACCGCCUUUAAUGUGA